CCUCUUGAGGCUGGAGGAGGCGGUGCCACAGCGGUGUUUCCUAGCCGAAGCGCCCGCCGCCUGCUCACUCGCUGGCCGCCCGCCGCUUCAGCCCCGUCUCGCUGCGUCUCUCGGCUGGUGCCCGACGAGAUGGUGUUGCCCGACGAGAAGUGCGCCGCCGCCGGGGUGUACCGGGCGCCCCCGGACCUGGCUCGGGAGUCGCAUGUGCCUUCCUUGGAAAAGUACCGGGAGCUUUACAGCCGCUCGGUGGAGGAGCCGCAGGAAUUUUGGGGAGACAUUGCCAAAGAAUUUUACUGGAGGAGCCAACAUCCUGGACCAUUUCUGCAGUACAACUUUGAUGUCACAAAAGGGAAAAUCUUUAUUGAAUGGAUGAAAGGGGCUACAACCAACAUUUGCUACAAUCUAUUGGACAGAAAUGUCUACGAGAAUAAACUUGGGGACAAAAUAGCUUUUUACUGGGAGGGAAAUGAACCAGGGGACUCCAUGACGAUCACAUACAGUGAAUUGCUGAGUAAAGUCUGCCAGUUUGCCAAUGUUCUUCAGGAGCAAGGCAUAAAGAAAGGAGACAGAGUUUCUAUCUACAUGCCAAUGAUCAUUGAGCUGGUGGUAGCCAUGCUAGCCUGUGCCAGAAUUGGAGCAGUUCAUUCCAUUGUGUUUGCAGGUUUCUCGGCAGAAUCCCUUUGUGAAAGGAUCCUUGAUUCCCACUGUUCACUUCUCAUCACUGCAGAUGCCUUUUAUAGAGGUGAUAAGCUGAUUAACCUGAAGCAGAUAGCAGAUGAUGCCUUGCAGAAAUGUAAAGACAAGGAUGCUCCUCUGCGAAGGUGCAUUGUGGUCAAGCAUUUAGGAAGGGAAGAACUGGUGCUGGAUGGGCCAAGCAGCAAGUCACCACCUCUCAAGAGAAUCUGCCAGAGUGUGCAGGAAAAAAAGACUGAGAGCUCAAAGAGAGUCCAUCCCAAGAUACCUUGGAAUUCAGAAGUUGACCUUUGGUGGCACAACGUUAUGAAGAAUUCUAGCAAGGAGUGUGAGCCUGUCUGGUGUGAUGCGGAAGACGAACUGUUUAUUCUCUACACCAGUGGGUCAACUGGAAAACCGAAGGGUGUUGUACAUACAGUAGGUGGUUAUAUGAUUUUCACUGCCACUACCUUUAAAUAUGUGUUUGAUCACCAUCCUGAGGACAUCUACUGGUGCACGGCUGACAUUGGAUGGAUAACUGGCCAUUCCUACCUCACAUACGGACCUUUGGCAAAUGGGGCAACCAGUGUCUUAUUUGAAGGGCUUCCCAUUUACCCGGACGUUGGUCGUAUGUGGUGCAUCAUUGACAAGUACAAGGUGUCCAAGUUCUACACAGCACCCACUGCCAUUCGCCUUCUCAUGAAGUAUGGAGAUGAACAUGUCCAGAAGUACAGCAGGAAGUCCCUGAAGAUCCUAGGGACAGUUGGGGAGCCCAUAAACCCAGAAGCUUGGCUAUGGUACUAUAGGGUGGUUGGCGAAGAAAGAUGCCCUAUAGUGGACACCUUCUGGCAGACAGAGACUGGUGGCCAUGUGUUAACUCCUCUCCCUGUUGCCAUACCAAUGAAGCCAGGCUCAGCUACGUUUCCUUUCUUUGGGGUGGUCCCUGCGGUGUUAGACGAGUCUGGGGAGGAGCUGGAAGGAGAAGCAGAAGGUUAUCUGGUUUUUAAGCAACCCUGGCCUGGGAUAAUGCGCACAGUGUACAAAAACCACCAGCGGUUUGAGACCACGUACUUCAAAAAGUUCCCUGGUUACUAUGUGACUGGAGAUGGCUGCAAGAGAGAUAAAGAUGGUUAUUAUUGGAUCACAGGUCGAAUUGAUGACAUGCUGAAUGUUUCUGGGCACUUGCUGAGUACAGCAGAAGUUGAAUCAGCUUUGGUGGAACACCUGGCGGUUUCGGAGGCGGCAGUAGUAAGCCACCCACACCCAGUGAAGGGAGAGUGCCUCUACUGUUUUGUGACGCUGAAGGAUGGUCAUGACUUCACAAAGAUCUUAGUUGAUGAACUGAAGAAACAAGUUAGAGAAAAGAUUGGACCUAUUGCAACACCAGAUUAUAUUCAGAAUGCACCUGGCCUGCCCAAAACCCGUUCAGGUAAAAUUAUGCGGCGGGUAUUAAGAAAAAUUGCCAAAAACGACCGGGAGCUGGGGGAUACCUCUACUGUGGCAGAUCCAGCAGUUAUAAACCACCUUUUCAGCAACCGGUGUGAGACAAUACUGUAGCUAGGCAAUUCUAGAAGAAAACAGCAGUAGUGCAGGGAUUUGGUGAGAAUAUGGCC